AUGCAUUCUUCUGUGGAGCCUCAAAAGCAUUGUUACUCAAGGAAAUUCAAGCAGGAGCGUUCCCACACCAUCCUGUUCAACAUUCUGAACUGUAAAGACAGCUGUCCUCUAGAGGCUGAAGACCAGAGCACUGUGAUGCAUAGCUGUAACUGUGAGCAGUGGAGAUUCAUGUGUUUGAGGAACCCAGAGCGAACCUACCAGGCUGCCAGUGAAGUGCUGCUAAAGACCAUGUGCUUCAUAAAAAGCCUUCCUUCCUUCCAACACCUGCCAGUUUGGGACCAGUUUUUACUUCUAAGGAGCCGCUGGGUCCCGCUCUACAUCCUGGGCCUCGCACAAGAGCGUAUAGCUUUCGAGGUGGUACACUUCCCCACGACGAGCUUCCUUCACAAGAUUUUGCACAAAAACGGUGAUGGUGAACAGGAAACAGAGGAUUUCCCACUGAACCUGGCAGCUGUACAGAAUCUUAAAUUGUGCUUGGAACAGCUCUGGAGGCUUGACCUCAGUCCUAAAGAAUAUGCCUACAUCAAGGGUACAGUUUUAUUUGAUCCAGAAGUCCCAGGCCUGAUAAACCACAGGGCCAUUGAGGGGCUUCAGAAUGAGUCUCAGCGUCUUCUGCAUCAAGUCAUUCAUAAACUUUAUCCAAAUGAGCACAGUCGAUGGACCAGUGUGCUGCUAACAGUCUCCUCGCUUCACACAAUAGAGCAAAACUUUAUGACAGCACUGUUUUUCAGACGUCAGAUCGGUCAGACAAACUUCCUCCAACUACUGACUGAGAUGCUUUUCAUUACAGGACAUUCUUGA